UAUUUAAUUGGAAAAGGAAGAAGGAGAAAGCGUGAAGCAAGGAAGAAGGAAGAGAGAUUGAUCCAACGGUACAAAAUUCGCAAGCAAACCCACGUAACUCCUGUUCUUCGCCAUCAACAAUAACUCUUCCUCCUCCCAGAACACAAAUCCUUCAUUAUUAUCAUUCUUAAUCAUCCUUUUAACUCUUAAUCAUCCUUUUCAUUAUAUCAUGAAUGAAUCAUGAUUGAAUUUAAAUUUAUUAUUACUAACAAAACAAAAAGAUUAGAAUAAUAAUAAUAGUAACAAUAAACAGAGUAAUAAAUUAGUUAGGAGGAUGCAAGCGGUUGGAAGAUUAGGAAGUUACAUCAGUCAAGGCGUAUACACCGUUUCCGGCCCUUUCCAUCCAUUCGGUGGCGCCGUCGAUAUCGUCGUCGUUCAACAACAAGACGGUUCAUUCAAAUCAUCACCAUGGUAUGUUCGAUUUGGUAAAUUCCAAGGCGUUUUAAAAUCAAAAGAAAAAAUUGUUCAAAUCAAUGUUAAUGACAUUGAUGCUGAUUUUCAAAUGCAUCUUGAUAAUAAAGGUGAAGCAUUCUUUUUAAAAGAAAUUGAUGAUGUUGAAUCAAUUUUAAAUAUUGAUCCAUCAGAAUCUGGUGAUGAUGCUGAUGAUCAAUCUUUUAGGUCUAAGAAUAGUAAUUUAGGUUCUGAAGAUGGAGGAAUUAUAGGGAGAAGUAACUCUCGUCGUUCGCGGAUACUUGGUCUUAUGUUUGGGAGAAGGUCUUUGAGUGGUGAAUUUGAAGAUGCUAUUGGGAAUAAAGAACGCGCCGAGAUUGCUGCUAAUUUGUUGGAUAUUAAGUGGUCUACAAAUGGUGAUCAUGCUGUUGUUGUGGAGAAUGAAGAUGGUUCUUUUGGUGUUGUUGCACAGCAUGAAAAGAAAUUUAAUGGAGGAGAGGUUUCUGGCCGUAACAAGGUUUCUGUGGUUGAGAGUGUAGAAAAGAGUUCUAGAGUGAACAUGGUUAGGUGUUUGAGUGAACAAACUCAUGAGGUUAUGAACCUUUCUCAUGGCGAAAGUGGAGAGGUUCAAGUCAUGCAUUCACUCCCGUCUGAGGCUCAGCAAAGGGACUCUUCUGAUUCUGAAGCUAGUAUGUACGAUGUGGAGGAUGUUGAAAAUAACUAUUUGGAUAGAGGACAUUGUUCAAGUGACAAUGUUGGGUCCUAUAGUGUUACCAACGCUUCCAGUUACUACAGCCAGGAUGAGCAAGGAUCAUGGGAGAAUAACACGAAGGAUAGCACGGUAUCAACUCCAAAAUACUCUAUUGGUGAUUGUUUACCUAGUGAAACAUCAAGGAGACCAUCGUCCUCAAGUUCAGAUGAAGAUAAUUUCCUUUUUAGUGAUCUUGAUGAAAAUGCAAUCAAUGAUCAAUUUGAGAGAUCAUCAACCUCUGAAUAUAUAGAUAAAGAAGAUAAUCUUUCUUAUGAGAAUGGCACUAAACUCUCAAGAUUGACAUCCUGUCCCAUAGAUAUCCCUAGAAAUAAGGAUGCUGGGGGGAAAGUUGGGCAGCACAGAGGAUCCUUGCCAAAUACUCCUUCUGGGGGUCGCAGGAGGCGCAAACAUGUUCGUUAUCCUUUAAGUCAAUCACUGGACUCGACAUUUCCUGGCAGAGAUGGCAUGAAAUCCUUAAAAUUCGAUGAGUGCACAGAAAAGCAGCUACCGAAUGAGCAGGCAGGUUCCAAAGAUUACCGAGAUUCUGAUGAAUUCAAAGAUACAGCUCUGAAUCACCCUCCUGGAGGUACGUCAACAACCGGCUCUUCACAAGGUGGAAAUUGGAGAAUUUGGCCUUUCCCCUCCUUGAGCAGAACAGUAUCUAGAGAAUCUUUGCCACCUAUUCCAAAUGAUGCCAAAAUUACUAGUAAUGGCAAUUCUCCAGAGAAUAAGAUUUCCACAGAUGUGAACAAAAAUGAUACUAAACCCCCUAAACCCAAUCAAACGAAAAAGAAGGUCAGAGAAACAACUCCAACUUCGGAACAGAUAGCAUCGUUAAAUCUGAAGGAAGGGAGGAACAUCGUAACCUUCACUUUUUCUACAGCUAUGCUGGGGAAACAGCAGGUUGAUGCUCAAAUAUAUCUGUGGCAAUGGAAUGCUCGGAUAGUGAUCUCAGAUGUGGAUGGGACAAUUACAAAGUCAGAUGUUCUUGGUCAGUUCAUGCCUUUGGUUGGUGUUGACUGGUCACAGACUGGUGUUGCACAUUUAUUCUCUGCUGUCAAGGAGAAUGGUUACCAACUGCUUUUUCUCAGUGCUCGUUCAAUUUCUCAAGCCUAUAUUACACGACAAUUCCUACUUAAUCUUAAACAGGAUGGCAAAGUUUUACCAGAGGGCCCUGUUGUUAUUUCCCCCGAUGGACUUUUUCCCUCUCUAUACCGUGAAGUUAUCAGGAGGGUUCCUCAUGAAUUCAAAAUUGCAUGCUUAGAGACUAUCAAGGCUCUUUUUCCUGCUGAUUGCAAUCCGUUCUAUGCUGGUUUUGGAAAUAGGGAUACUGACGAAAUCAGUUACCUUAAAGUUGGAAUCCCUUUAGGAAAAAUCUUCAUUAUAAAUCCCAAGGGAGAGAUAGUUGUGAACCGAAGUCUUGACACAAAAUCAUACACUUCUAUGCAUGCACUCGUAAAUGGAAUGUUCCCCCCGACGAGCUCUUCUGAGCAGGAGGAUUUUAAUUCGUGGAAUUUCUGGAAGCUACCUCCUUCUGCAAUUGAUAUUUGAAAGUUUUUGGGCUCAAUCACCUAGGUCCUGCUUGGAUAUGGAUGGAUGCAGGCUGUGCAGCUCUUAAAAGAAUGUAGGUAAAUUCAUUUUAAGCUCUACAUAAUCAUAUUGGAUAAAUUGAUAAGUCGGGCAUUCCCGGCCCACCAAGCAAAACCGGUAGUUUCUUGGUCACUACCAGUUAAGGCUAAAGUUCCAUUAAAAAGCCGGUCAAAUUGGUGGAACCUUAGACACUUGAUAUAUUGUUAGGACUUUUUACGUUGUGAAUCAAUCACAAUUGUCAUUAAAAAUGUUUGACUUUAAUUAUAAGUACUUCUAAAGUCACAUUAUUUAUUUUGCGCUGUUCUGCAUGUGUAAUUGUGCAUGCAACUUCAUACUGAUAAUCUUUAGCUAAUACAGGGAAUGGCCUAUUCUGUCGUGAAUUGAUUUAUUGAAAACCGUAGUUUGGUGGAUGGAAUUCUCAUAAAAAAAAAAUCAGGGUGGAACUUCUUUCCUGUUUGAUGUUGUGAGAUGUUCAGGUCAAUUUUUGUUAGUUCAAUGUGAAUACAUGACCACCACUAAACUAAAGCAAUGGAAUCCCAAGCAGUUUACAUCAUUUCUCGAUUAUUAUAGAUUAGUGCAUAGUUAAGUCCUAUAAUCCUUUCAAUUCGAUUGUAUAAUUGUAUAUGUAAGUGCAUUUGAAUGACUCCACAUGGUUCCAUUUUUCCAGCAUAAAGAAAUGUUAUGCUCACUGUCAUUUCUUAUUUAUUUUCUUAUCUUUACUUUUGUGUGAUUACUUUUUUGGAUUCAAAUAGUUUAGUGGCAAAACUCAUACACACUAAAUGUAGAGAAAAAGAAGAAUUGUGGGUUGUUUCAAAAAAGGAAAAAGCUACAUAGUACGAAAACUCAUUUCGUGAAAUUCAACGAAG